AUGCAUCGAAAUCUAUCUUAUAAUUUAUUUGCGAGAUCAACCAUCAGACAUUAGCUAGUUGCUGCAUUAACAAGUCCAAUUACAUUGAUGAGCCCCAACCAAACACUGCCGAUAGAUAUUAAGUAACCGUGGUUCUUUAAAAGAAAAAGUUACUUUGGAAAAAAAACACAGGAAUGACUGAAACUAUCACAUAACACUGAAGCAGUUCAGGCGUCCCUGAAACAUUUUGUGUAUCGCAGUUUACAACAGUUGCAGACUUGCUGUUAUCUGCAGGUAGAAUGAUUGUAAUUAGAAGAGCAACUUGAAAAUAAAGAGCAAUGCGUCAGUCUUACAGUCUUUUAGAAUGCGAAAUUCCAAGUUAGGAGCUUUCCUUGUUGGUUUGGCCAAUAACAAUCGCAUACUUAAUUCAACAACACGACGGCCUGCUUCUGCUCUGUUUUUCAUUCGCCGCCCUUUCUCAAGUUAUGCUGCUGAGCAGUUCUCUGAUGAUGAUUACGAGUGCGAUUUCGGGACCCAUAAGGCAUCUUCUUCUGUAUCAAAUAUUGACGAGUGGAAGUGGAAGCUCAGCUUGUUAUUGCGUAGCGAAACUGACCAAGAAAUUGUGUCCAGAGAUAGAAAGGAUAGAAGGGACUAUGAGCAAAUUUCCAAUCUUGCUAAAAGGAUGGGGCUUUACAGUGAAAUGUAUGGACGAGUGGUUGUCGCUAGCAAAGUUCCUCUUCCCAACUACAGGCCGGAUUUGGAUGACAAGCGUCCUCAAAGAGAGGUGGUAAUCCCAUUAAGCUUACAAAGGAGGGUAGAGAGUUUACUUCAGGAACAUCUUGAUAGAACUCAACUAAGUUCUCAAGAAGUUAGUGAUUGUGCAGCUGAUACUACAUCUCUUAAUCAGGUUGAAGAUGAAAAUCCAGAGUCUUUUCUAGAUGGCUCUGUUAUGGAAAAAAUUCUUCAGAGAAGGAGUUUAAGGAUGCGUAAUAUGCAAAGGGCAUGGCAGGAAUCACCUGAAGGCAGGAAGAUAAUGGACUUCCGCAAAUCCCUACCCGCAUUCAAGGAAAAGGAAAAAUUGCUCCAAGCAAUAGCAAGGAAUCAGGUCAUAGUUGUAUCUGGGGAGACUGGAUGUGGUAAAACAACUCAACUUCCCCAUUAUAUAUUGGAGUCAGAAAUAGAAUCUGGGCGUGGAGCAUUCUGCAGUAUAAUUUGCACGCAACCUCGAAGAAUAUCUGCUAUGGCUGUUGCAGAUAGGGUGUCUGCAGAGAGAGGAGAGCCACUUGGUGAAACAGUUGGUUAUAAAGUUCGACUGGAGGGGAUGAAAGGAAAAGAUACUCAUCUGCUUUUCUGUACUAGUGGAAUUUUACUUAGACGACUGCUAAGUGACAGAAACUUGACUGGUAUAACCCAUGUUUUUGUCGAUGAAAUUCAUGAGCGAGGCAUGAAUGAAGACUUCCUAUUGAUUGUACUCAAGGAUCUGCUUCCACGCCGUCAGGACUUGAGAUUGAUUUUAAUGAGUGCCACUUUGAACGCAGAACUCUUUUCCAACUAUUUUGGUGGAGCACCAAAAAUUCAUAUUCCGGGCUUUACAUAUCCAGUGAGAGCACACUUUUUAGAAGAUGUACUGGAAAUGACUGGAUAUAAGUUGACUUCUUUUAAUCAAAUUGAUGAUUAUGGACAAGACAAAAUGUGGAAAACACAGAGGCAGCUUGCACCACGGAAAAGGAAAAACCAGAUUGCUACUCUUGUUGAGGAUGCUCUUAACAAAUCAAGUUUUGAGAGUUAUAGCUCCAGGGCACGUGAUUCGCUAGCAUGCUGGAUGCCUGAUUGCAUAGGAUUUAACCUUAUUGAGGCAGUACUCUGCCAUAUAUGUAGGAAGGAACGACCUGGUGGUGUCUUGGUAUUCAUGACUGGCUGGGAGGAUAUUAGCUGUUUGAGGGAUCAACUUAAAGCUCAUCCUCUUUUGGGAGAUCCAAACAGGGUGCUGCUUUUAACAUGCCAUGGCUCUAUGGCGACCUCUGAACAGAAACUCAUAUUUGAGAGGCCUCCUUCUAAUGUACGUAAAAUAGUUCUUGCCACUAAUAUGGCAGAGGCAAGUAUCACAAUCAAUGACAUGGUUUUUGUGGUUGAUUGCGGAAAAGCUAAAGAGACCACUUAUGAUGCUUUGAACAAUACACCUUGUUUGCUGCCAUCAUGGAUAUCACAAGCAUCUGCAUGUCAAAGAAGAGGUCGGGCUGGUCGUGUGCAGCCAGGUGAAUGUUAUCACCUCUACCCCAAAUGUGUUUAUGAAGCUUUUGCUGAAUAUCAACUUCCUGAACUACUGAGAACUCCCUUAAACUCUCUUUGCUUGCAAAUAAAAAGUUUACAGGUUGAAAGUAUAGCAGAAUUUUUGUCAGCUGCUCUCCAACCACCGGAACCUUUGGCUGUUCAAAAUGCCAUUGGUUUUUUGAAGAUGAUCGGUGCAUUAGAUGAGAAGGAAAAUCUGACUAAUCUUGGGAAGUUCUUGUCAAUUCUUCCGGUAGAUCCCAAGCUAGGGAAAAUGCUAAUCAUGGGUGCUAUCUUUCGUUGCUUUGACCCUGUAUUAACAAUAGUAUCUGGUCUGAGUGUCAGGGAUCCUUUCCUUCUUCCCCAAGAGAAAAAGGAUUUGGCUGGGACAGCAAAGUCUAGGUUUUCUGCAAAAGACUACAGUGAUCACAUGGCUCUUGUUCGUGCAUAUGAAGGUUGGAAAGAUGCAGAAAGAGAAGGGUCAGCAUAUGAAUAUUGCUGGAGAAAUUUCCUUUCUGCCCAAACUCUACAGGCCAUCCAUUCUCUAAGGAAACAAUUUAGCUUUAUCUUGAAAGAAGCUGGGUUAGUAGAUGCAGAUGCAGGAGCAAAUAACAGAUUAAGUCACAACCAGUCAUUGGUUCGUGCAAUCAUAUGCUCAGGUCUCUAUCCUGGCAUUGCAUCAGUUGUGCACAGAGAAACAUCCAUGUCUUUCAAGACUAUGGAUGAUGGUCAAGUACUACUAUAUGCAAAUUCUGUGAAUGCACGCUAUCAGACAAUUCCUUACCCAUGGCUGGUUUUUGGUGAAAAAGUCAAGGUCAAUACAGUUUUUAUCCGUGAUUCUACUGGUGUAUCGGAUUCAAUUCUGAUUCUUUUUGGUGGUGCUCUUAGUUGUGGCGUGCAGGCUGGUCAUCUGAAAAUGCUGGAAGGGUAUAUCGAUUUCUUCAUGGAUCCUAAUUUGGCAGAGUGCUAUUUGAACCUUAAGGAAGAAGUCGAUAAGAUCAUUCAAAAGAAGCUUCAAGAUCCUACUCUUGACAUUCAUAAGGAAGGGAAAUACCUCUUGCUUGCUGUUCAAGAGCUGGUGUCAGGAGAUCAAUGUGAAGGGAGAUUUGUCUUUGGGCGUGAAAGCAAGAAGCCUAAGGAGUCUAGUGAAAGCAGAUUUACGAAAGAUGGAACAAAUCCAAAGAGCUUACUACAAACACUUUUGAUGAGAGCUGGGCACUCCCCUCCAAAAUACAAAACAAAGCACCUUAAGACAAAUGAGUUUAGGGCACUGGUUGAAUUUAAGGGAAUGCAAUUCGUUGGGAAACCGAAGAAAAAUAAACAAUUGGCAGAGAGGGACGCUGCCAUAGAGGCAUUGGCCUGGUUGACGCAUACCUCUGAUAGCAGUCAAGAAGAGAAUGAGAAGUCCCAGCCUGAUGUCACUGACAACAUGUUGAAACUUCUUGGGAAACGCCGAAGAUCAAAGCGUCAUGCCGGUUGAGCAUGGGUUCUUCUUUGCACCAACUUUUUAAAAGGCUGCCUAGCAACUCAGUAAAUACAUAAUGCUUGAGAAAUAGAGAAAUAAAUUAUUAUAAUUUCUGCUAAUCUAAGAGAGAUUUUAGUUCAGGAUAGGCUAAAAAAAGGUUAUAGAAUAGAAUUUAGAAGUUAUUAAAUUAAUGUCAAGUUUGGUAGCUAGCCAAUUAGUAAUACAGCAGGCUGAGUACAAUAUGUAUACAUAUGGUAUAAACAGGUUGUAAAGUUUUUAGGGUAGUCUAAAUAUUUUGUGGAUCUGGAGAGCCAGUUGACAGCUUUUCUUAUGCUCGUAGGUGCAUCAACAAGUGAAUUGUGAAAUUGCCAUGUAUACAUUAUUUCAAUUUCUUUAUUUGAUAAUUGAUUUCUUAA